AGUCUGAAAGUGGCAUUCUCUCAAAAGUUGAUUCUUGCUCUCCACUUCCGCUACUCGCAAGAGGCGCUCUUUCCUUUCUUCUUUCAACCAGCAUUUGGGUUGCCGCAGCGUGUCCACCAGACAACCAAGUUGGUCUCAAGCCCCCCGCGGCUGUCCAUGAGCCUCUUGGCCUAGCUGUGCACAAAUCAGUUGUGAAACACAUGGGCACCAUCACAAUGCACACAACCUCACGAGUUGCCAGGAUCCUCCUCGAGUCCGGCCUCCUCUUCGACAUUUGGCAUUUCUCUCCAAGUCUGUGGCUGUGCUUGUUCGCGUGCGUGUGUGUAUCUGUAGGAGACAGUAUUUACACAUUUUCUCCCCGUCCCGACAUGUUGACCGCCAGUCUGAUGGCCAUAAAUCCCAACGCCUGCUGGCCGUUGCCAUGGUAUACGGUCAAAUUGGUACCAUUGGGCGCUGGGCGAGGUGUGCGUGCCCUGGAUCCGGCCAAACCCGCAGAUCGUCUCGAAGUGAUUAGGCCAAGAGACUGA